GCAGGAAGAGGCGCUAGGCGGCGCACGUGGGUGGCUGCGCGGCGGGCGGGCACAUGGCGGGUUCUGCAGGGCUGUCGCUGUGCGGGCAUGAGCUGGUGGUGCGGGGCGGCAGCCGGUUGCUGGCCACCUCCACUUCGAGCAGUGAUGAUGACAGCCUCUUCAUAUAUGAUUGCAGUGCUGCGGAAAAGGAGACGCAAGAGCAUAAAGGGGAGGACGGACAGCCCGUGGAUAAGGGGAGUGACACGAUUCUGGCGUCCACCUUCUCUACGUCUGGCAGCUAUUUUGCUUUAACUGAUGACAGUAAGCGUCUGAUUCUUUUCCGUACAAAACCAUGGCAAUGUCUGAGUGUCAGGACUGUGGUGAGGAGGUGCACAGCCCUGACCUUCACGGCCUCUGAGGAGAAGGUUCUGGUAGCAGACAAGUCUGGGGACGUUUAUUCCUUUUCGGUGCUGGAGCCGCACGGGAGCGGCAAGCUUGAACUGGGACACCUGUCGAUGCUGCUGGAUGUGGCCGUGAGUCCCGACGACCGCUAUGUCCUCACCGCCGACCGGGACGAGAAAAUCCGGGUGAGCUGGGCCGCGGCUCCGCACAACAUCGAGUCCUUCUGCCUUGGGCACACCGAGUUUGUGAGUCGCAUCUUCGUGGUGCCCGACCACCCCGAGCUGCUCUUGUCCUCCUCCGGGGACCGCACCCUGAGGCUCUGGCAGUACAGAAGCGGCCGUGAGUUGCAUUGCUGUCACCUGCCCAGCCUGCAGGAGCCAACGGAGCCCUGGAGCGACAAGAGGUUUGCCGCGUCCAGGAUCGCUUACUGGCGCCAGGAGGACUGCGUGGCGCUCCUGUGUGACGGGCUGCCCGCGGUCUACCUCUUCCAGCUGGAUGCCCCUCGGCGGCAGCUGGUCUACCAGCAGCAGCUGACUUUCCAGCACAGAGUGUGGGACGCCGCCUUCGAGGAGGCCCGGGGGCUGUGGGUCCUGCAGGACUGCCGGGAGGCCCCCCUUGUGCUCUGCAGGCCUGUGGGCGGCCAGUGGCAGUCUCUUCCUGAAAGUGCUGCGUCGAAGAGGGUCUGUGCUCACCUUCGCGAGAACUGGGCCAUGUUGGAAGGCUCUGCUGGCACGGAUGGUGGCUUCAGCAGCCUCUACAAGGCCACCUGUGACAACAUGACCACUUACCUGAAGAAGAAGGAGGAACGUCUGCAGCAGCAGCUGGAGAAGAAGCGACGCAGGGGGCCGCCGUGCGGGUCCAACGGGCAGACCAAGAAGAUGAAGGCAGGGCGCGCACCACGGAGCUGCUCGUCCUAGCUCGGCUCGGGAUGCUCGCCGCCUCGGGGCGGCGGGACACUGUGCUUGCCCCUCCUGCCCGCAGCGCCCUGACGAAGGCAAAGGGGGGACCUCAUUCCCAACUUGGGCUGGGGGGCGGCGAGGUCCAUCCCAACUCAGUGGACACCUGGGGCCAUGCCGGGUAGCUGGACGUGGGACCCUGGGCUCUAGAACAUUCUGUUGCUGAGCAGAGCCCUCUGGCAGGAGGGAGGCCAUGCAGCGUGUUAGCCGCUAUGCCUGAGCAGUAAGUGCCUCCAAGCCCCUUCCCUUCGCACUGGAGGGCACGUCACCCUGCAGUUGUGGCGCUGUCCUUUCCUGCUCGUCCACGUGGCUUCCUCUAGGGGAGCCUGGAAGCGGACGGACGUCUUUCCAGCAGUGCGGUGCACACUUGCGCUUUUCUCCAGUCCCCUCGCCCUUCUGGAUGGUCCACUACGCUGUCCAGCAGGCGGCUGCGCGCCUCGGGGGCCGUAAACCUGAGGGGAGUUAAGUCCUCGGUUCCCUGGGCAGCGCUGGCUCCGGUGCUCGGGCCCCUCGGGGUGCGGAGAGCUCAUCGCCGGAGCUGGUGGAGACGGGAGCUUCUCCGCGACGCGUGAGGACAGAGAAGCCCGGCUGCACACUUAACUCCGCAGGGAAGUGACGGGUGACGUUGUGUAUGUUUGAUUUCGGUUUGAACUUUGUGCACGUGCUGCAGAGCAGGAGGGUCGGCUGAAUUCUAAUUACUGAUCAAUAAAGAUGAGCUUUUUUGCAGCUUCUAGAAAUUUUAGCAGCAACACGUGGAGCUAAUCUCAAAAUAUAUUGAGCA